AAGUUUUCCCUGUUUAUGUAGCUGUGCUGUCGUUUUGUUGAAAUUCUCCUUAACGCUCGCAGCGCUGUGGCCUCUUGCCUUCCACCUUUGGCUCUCUCCUCUUUCUUUCCUCCCUCCCUCGACUUUCUUCUUCUCUACCAUCUCAGCUGCCGCUGUCUCCGCCACCUCUCCCUCACUUCUUGUACCGACAGGCAACAGUAGCCCCUUUAAGAUAUAUUCUGCUGCAGUACAAUUGAGGAGAAGAGAUAAGAGUUUAUUCUCUACCCAAGGCAAGAAAGGCCUUCUAAAACUUUUUACCUGGGUUAUCUAUGUGUUGGGUAGAAACUUGUUGCUGCACUUUGGGCAUCAAGGACAACCCACCAGCAUCAUAGAAGAUGGAACUCGUCUCUGGGUUGCUCGCGUAACGACGGCAUGAGCUAUUCGGUUUGUUUGAUUGUUGUAGAAUUGGGUUUGUUUGCUUCACUAGACUCCGCUGUAAUUUUCAAUCCAAUUGGGUUUGUUUGAUUGAUGAAUUUUUUGAAUUUGUUUGGGAAAAACCUGUGUUGGGUUUGUUUGAAGUUUGAUGGUUGAAAAUUUGAGUUUUCUUUGAAUGUUGAAGGUUGCGAUACCAUCUGAAACAAAGGCUGAGAAGUGGGAAAAAAAAAUUGAGAGACGGCAGAUUGGAUUUAUUUCGGUAUGAUGAUGGGUGUCUCUAACUAUAUUUGCUGGAUUGAACCGCUACUGUGAGCUUUAAUUUUUAGUUUCUCAACUCUCUCUCAUGCGGGCAAAUGCAGUGAUAUAAAACAUCAGAUAAUGGACUUUUCAGAGGAAUGGAAGUCCGUAUUCCCGAUUGGGAGCGUCUUUGGGGCGCCGCGUCUCCUCUCAAGUCCAUCCUCGAAGGCCAUUCUGGGUCCUCUCUUCUUCAACCCAAAACCUCAGACCCUAACUCAACUCUUUAACUCUCCCUCUAUUUGUCCUCCUCUUCUCAAUCCUCCUUCAGGUCUCUCUCUAUCUAGAUUCCUCUCCACUUCAACAACACUCGAUUCCCCUAUCCCUCUCUCCACUGCCUCCUCCAUUGCCUCCCUCUUUGGCCCCCAACUCCAUGAUAAUGCUGCUUCUUUGCUAGCCCACAACCGCCUUCAGUUCCUCAGAUGCCCACAUGACAAUGCUGUCAUUAUCUUCUUUUCCACAGGGUGCAACCAUGACCAAGUUGGGUUUUUGUUACUUUCUGUUAAAGAGAGGAGUUUGCAAGUUGUUGGGGAUCCAAAAGGUGGUGUUCUUACUGCCAAAAAGUGUUUGAAUCAAAGGAUAGUGAAGAUUUUGGUGAACCCAGUUGCGGAUUCUGUUUAUUUUGAUGGUAAUGAUUCUUGUUCUUCUAAUGUAGUUGGGUAUUUGUUGGUUUAUACCAUGUCUUCUGUGCACUGGUUCAGUGUUAAAAUUUCUGAAAUUAGCGAAAGACCUGUUUUGGUUUAUGUUGGUUGCAAAAUUUUUAAGAGUUGCUCUAUCGUGGAUGCUUGUUGGAGUCCUCAUUUGCUAGAAGAGAGUAUGGUUUUGUUGGAGAAUGGUUCAUUGUUUUUGUUUGAUUUGAAGUCUGAUAGUUCUGAUAUAUAUUUUAGAGGAACCAUGUUGAAAGUAUCAUGGGAAGAUUCUGGUAAUUCUGAGAAUCGUAAAUGGUUGGGAUGUCACUUCAGUUGGCAUCCUAGGGUUUUGAUUGUUGCAGGUUCAGAUGCUGUUUUUCUGGUUGAUUGGAGGCAUGAUGGGUUUAAAGUGACUUGUUUGGCAAAUAUUGAUAUGUUUGGUGUGUAUGCUCCAAUUGAAAAGGAACGGUUCCUAGUUUUUUCCAAGGCAGUUUCCGAUAACUUUCAUUUUGUUUUGGCUUCUGACCACAUUUUAGCUCUCUGUGAUGUGCGCAAGCCGCUGAUGCCAAUUUUGCAAUGGGCACAUGGUCUUGAUAAGCCAUGCUAUGUUGAUGUAUUCAGAUUGUCGCAAUUGAGGUCAAACUCAAGGAAAAGCACACAUGAAUGGGCAACUGCAUCAGGUUUUGGUAUUAUAUUGGGAUCAUUUUGGAAUUGUGAGUUUAGUCUCUUUUGCUAUGGACCUCCUCUGCCUGCUCACAAAGGGUCAAUUGCUUCAGAAAUUUCAAAAAUUUCCAAAUCUUCUUAUUCUUGGGAUCUCCCUUCAGAUCUCUUGUUGUCUGGUAAUAAGUGUCGAUGUGGAAGUUGUCUUGUAAGAGAAGAGUUUUUGAAGGAUGCUCUUCCCGAAUGGAUUGAUUGGCAGCAGAAAAAAGACAUAGUUUUGGGGUUUGGCAUUUUAAGCAAUGAUCUCUCUUCAUUGCUCUUUGAGUCGGAUGAAUUUGGUGGUUUUACUUUGAUUAGACUAAUGUCCUCAGGGAAGCUGGAGUCGCAGAGAUAUUAUGCAUCAUGGGAUUUGGUUAGAAAAUUAGAAGCAGCUCAUAGAGAUCAAUUGCUGUGUUUUGGAGACAACUUGCUUUACUCCUUGGAGGAUGAGGAAUACAAGUUUCCUAGAAGAUUUAAGUAUUUGAAGCUGGAUUACCUCUCUGCAUAUAUUAAUGGUAAUAUUUCUCAGGUCUUGGAUUCAAACAUGACAAAGCCUUGCAAGGGUUCUCAACAGAGAGAGUCUUUUAGCAUAGACUUUCAUGAAAUACUGUGCGAGAAAUUGAAGAUUUGUGGGUUCAGUCAAUUUAGAACAUCCCCUGCCAUUAGCGUUGUUUUUAAUGACAUCAACUUGCCAACAAGUGUACAUGAAGUUGCUUUGAGGAGCAUAUGGGCAAGCUUGCCAAUGGAACUCUUGCAACUUGCCUUUUCCAGCUACUCCGAAUUUCUUGAAGUACUCUUGGACAAGAAGGUGGUUUCUUUGGAAUUUUUAGUUGUUCCGGACCUACCUCAGUUGCCUCCAUUUUUCUUGAGGAACCCUUCAAGUCGCAGCAGUAGGUGGUCACAUAAAGUGCCGCACAGCAAUGCCCUUGUUGGUCCAGUUCUUCCUCUCCCUAUUUUGAUUACACUUCAUGAGUUACAAAAUGGCUGUCCAAAUUCACAGGAUGAAGAAAUAGGUGGUUUUUCACCAGAGGUGGAACUAAGCAAUCGGUGCAGUGAAGUGAUGCAAGUGGCAAGGGAAAUGGCCAUGCCAGAUUCUACAGUUGAGCCUGAUGAUGAAGAUGCUGUCUCCCUUGCCAAUGACAGAGAUAACAUCUGGGUUGAUUCUGAAAAACCAAAGUCAUUCUUUUUACACUGUCCCGUUGCAGUACACUGCUCUACUGAGGUCCAUAGAGAGAGCAACUGUGUUCAUAAGGAUGGCAGAUUUGGUUUCUUGAUUUCAAAAGUGCAUGAGAAAGAGUCCAUCCACAACAAUGAGGUAGAAAAUGUCGGACAAGAACUCUUUGAUGAUCUGUGCCCCAUUCAAUUGAAGUUUGAUGCUGCUGCUAUGGACUUCAGUUCACAAGAAUUGAAAGCUUAUAAUUUGUUGAAAAGGCAUUUCUCAAAAUGGCAAGAAGAAUUCAAACCAUUUCGGGGUUUUUAUAGCCGUUUCCAAAAGCAAGACAAGUAAAAGUUUUUCUCAUUUCUGGAACUUUUACAUUUUUUGUCCUGAACAUUGCUUUUAUCAAGGGCCAUCCCCUUACAAUUUUGUAUUCCUUUGCUAUUACUAAAGGAAAACAGCAAGAAAAUCUUACGUGUGAACAAAACUAGAGUUGUAUAUACAGCAAGAAAAUUUAAUUGUGUCUAUUAUCAAUAGAAAUUAUUAGUAAAACUUGCACCUUUUCUUUCA